AUGCCCAAAUCUCCUUCCGAGUAUCCGCUUUCAGGAGCAGCGCCCACUUUUGAUACCAGACUUGUGGAUCCUCAGGCGCGGCUCUUGGACGUGUGGCUGGGCUCUUUUUCUCCCUUCUCUUUGCCCUCGUUGGUGGCCUCGGGCGCCAAAGAGUCUCGAAAACGUUUCCGUGUUGAUGCAAACGCGUGCGCUGAAGAGUCCAUGGAGCUGCAAAUGACUUUUAAAGACUGUGAGUCCGGUGACGACAUGAUGAUGACGGAUUCGGAAUCUUCCGACGCCUUGACGCAUCCGCCCAAGCGAAGAUUAACAUCGGUUGCACUGGGCCAAUGCUUACUGCUGCUUCUGGCUCGCUUUCCUCCAUCGCUGGCCCACUCCAACUGUUCGGUGCCUAAUUCGGCCAAUGUGGUUGCCACUCCGGCUGAAGGAGACCAUCUUCAACCUUGUACUCCCAAAGCUUUGGAUUCGCUUGGAGCAACUCCCGUAUCAGAUUUAGACGACCAGAGCGCACAGCAGCUUGUCCUCCCGCUGCCACUGGCUUCUCCCGUGCAGAGCUCGGGCGAAAAACCUUCAGUUUUUGAGGUUUUGGAAAACCUCACUCUGAAUGUGCCGUCAACCCAGGGAGAGCUCAUAGACUUGGUGCUCAGUCUUAACGAUUUUGUGCUGGAGCAGAACCGCAACCACGUGGUUUUUGAAAUGCUCAAGCUCGUUAGCAGACUGUCUCUUCUGUCCAUUUGUGGCAUUAUCGAAAAGUGUUUACGUCGUGAUUUGUUGACCAGCUUACCCGUGGAGAUUCUGUUGAACAUUCUCUCGCAUUUGGAUGCGCCUUCUGUCUUGGCUGUAGCGCAAGUUUGCCGUCUGUGGCUUCGGCUAGUCAAUAAUACCGCUUUAUGGUGCAAAAUGCUUCAGCGUGAUAAGUUGGUUACUGAUGAAGCCCAGAUUCAUCGCGAAUUGGCAAAUCCACAAAAACUAAUUGAACAGUGGGCCACUCCAGGCCCUCUUCUCUCGGAGAUAAACCCCGCACAAAUUCUCUACAAAAAGAGGUCCAUCAUUUUCAAGCGGUGGAUGGAUCCAAAAUACGAGCCAUCUCGCAUAAGCGUGGCGGGCCAUGGCGCUAACAUUGUCACAUGCCUCCAACACGACGAGGAAAAAGUCAUCACGGGCCUUGAUGGCAAGCUGAUAAACGUGCAUAGUACUAAGACAGGAGAGCUUUUACGGCUUUUAAAAGGACACGAUGGAGGCGUGUGGGCGCUCAAGUACUUCUCCAAUACUUUGGUUAGUGGCUCGACAGACCGCGAUGUUCGUGUCUGGAACAUUCGAACUGGACGGUGCUCCCAUGUUUUCCGUGGCCAUACUUCUACUGUACGGUGCCUAGAUAUUUUGCAUCCAGUGCAGAUCGGUGUUAACGACAAUGGUCAGCCAAUUAUGUAUCCCGAACAGCCGCUUUUGGUGACAGGUUCGCGUGACCACAAUUUGCACGUAUGGAAGUUACCCCUUGAUAAUGAAGGUGAAGGGGCUGAUGUUAUUCGGGAAACCAAAAUUUACGAUGUGAAGGAUCCAUCAAACCCAUACCUCGUCGCGUUGUUAUUGGGUCACACGCAGUCUGUGCGUUCUGUCACCGGUUAUGGCAACAUUAUAAUCUCAGGCUCUUAUGAUACGACUGUGCGCGUGUGGGACUUAAUGGAUGGUGGUCGCUGCAAGCAUAUUCUUGAAGGACACAGCGAUAAGAUUUACUCUACAGCAUUGAAUUUCAAAAACAAACGGUGCUACUCGGGAUCCAUGGAUCUGUCGAUCAACGUAUGGGAUUUUGAAAAAGGAAAGCUUUUGUAUUCAUUGCAAGGCCACAGUUCGCUAGUGGGUCUUUUAGCACUCUCCGAUGACUAUCUAGUAUCGGCUGCUGCAGACUCUACUUUAAGGGUAUGGGAUCCAAAUACCGGUGAAACAGUCAGCAAAUUAAAAGGUCACAAUAGUGCCAUCACAUGCUUUCAACACGAUAGCCUUCGAAUUGUCAGUGGAAGUGAGCGCAUGUUCAAACUUUGGGAUAUAAGGACAGGAAAGUUUGUUCGUGACCUCCUAUCAGACAUCACGGGCGGUAUCUGGCAAGUUAGCUUCGAUCCUGAUAGAUGUAUCGCUGCUCUUCAAAAGAAGAAAAAUGACACGGAAGAAACGUACAUUGAAAUUCUUGACUUUAGCACUCCGCUCAACUCUCUACCGCAUGAUAAAUCAGGCGGUAGUCAAACCCCAUUGAUGUUAAAGUCAUAA